ACCCUACCCCCUCAUCUCAUCACAGCCAACGCAUCGUCUUCCUUCUUCGUCGUCGAUAGAUCGGCUCUCGAGCUCACAACCACAUCGAUCGUCUCCGGCAAGCCGACGUACGUACGACUAGCUAGCUAGAGAGGAAGCGAGAAAUGGAAGCCGCCGUGGGGUACGCCGCCGACAGCCUCAUCAAGGCCACCGAGCUCAGGCUGGGCCUGCCUGGGACAGCCGACGACCUGCCCUCCACGCCCAGGGGCAAGAAGCGCGCCGCCGCGGCGGAGGACAACAACGCCAACGCCGCCGCCGCCGACGACGACGAGCACGACGCCGUCGAGGCCGCGCCGCCGGUAGCCAAGGCUCAAGUGGUCGGGUGGCCGCCGGUGAGGUCGUACAGGAAGAGCUGCUUCCAGCAACAGUCAGCGGCGGCGAGCAAGAGCAAGGCCGCCGUGAGCAGCUGCAACAACAAAGACGAGCCCAUCACCAAGAACGCGGCGCCGGCGCCGGCAGCCUCCUCGGCGGCGGCGGCCAACGGCGGGUCGCUGGUGAAGGUGAGCAUGGACGGGGCGCCGUACCUGAGGAAGAUCGACCUGAGGAUGUACAAGGGCUACAGGGAGCUCCGCGAGGCCCUGGAGGCCAUGUUCGUCUGCUUCUCCGGCGCCGCCGACGGUGCCAACCCGUCGGAGUUCGCCAUCACCUACCAGGACAAGGACGGCGACCUCAUGCUCGUCGGCGACGUCCCUUUCGACAUGUUCACCAGCACAUGCAAGAAGUUGAGGAUCAUGAAGAGAUCUGAAGCCACAGGGCUAGGAUCACCAAGGCAAAUGAAGAUCUAAUCUAAGAGCGACAAGAGAUCGAUCGAUGCAUUCCAUCAACUUUUCAUUUCUUUUUAUUUUUUUUCCUCCCAAGCCAAAAAGGAGAUGAGCUUGGGGGCAUCAAAGCAAACACAUGGAUGUGCUUCUGCUUUGUUUCCAUCUUUAAAAACUAGUAGGUUUUAAUUUUAUGAUUUUAGCAGCACAAAGGAGAUGUGGAGAUUUGGGUUCAACUCUCCAUGUGUAUGUACAAACGAAACAGUUAUUAUAUAUUGAUUGUUGGUUACUACUACUAUACUACUUCAAAUCAUUUCAACAAGAGGCCGGGAAAGAUGAACUGGUUCUCGUUCCCUUGCCCUUGAUUAUUGUGUCUCCUAAUUGUGGAUUUUACUAUCGCUUCAAUGCUUUUGUACUA